AUGAAAACAGCUAUUCGCCAUCAUUGUGAAUUACCGGCAAUUGUUAUGAAUAAUGGCAAUGAAAUGCCCAUAAUUGGUUUUGGAACAUGGAGUAGCACCAGUGAUUUCAGCCUUCUGGAAAAUGUUGAGAGUCGUCAAAGUCAUCAGAAUGCUGACGUUAAUAAGGAAGUUAAGAAUAAUUCAGAAAAAGUAGCAAAAGCAGUUGGACUGGCCAUUGAUGCUGGCUACCGGCAUAUCGACUGUGCGCAUCUGUAUAAAAAUGAACGUGAAAUUGGUGAAAUUUUAAAAAAGAAAAUCAAAAAUGGAACAGUAACUAGGGAGAACUUAUUCAUAACUAGCAAAUUAUGGAAUACAUUUCAUGAUCCUGACACUGUAUGCUCAGCUUGCCAACAAACUUUACAAGAUUUGGGACUCGACUAUUUGGAUAUGUAUAUAAUGCAUUCACCCAUGGGUUUUCAAUGUGGCACUGACUUGUUUCCCAUGUGUGAGGGUAAAUUAUUACAUUCCGAUGAUGAUUACCUCGAUACUUGGCAAGCUAUGGAAAAUUUAGUAGAGAAUAAAAUGUGUAAAAAUAUAGGCAUUUCCAAUUUUAAUACAAAACAAAUUAAACGUUUGCUUAAGCAUUGCAACAUAAUUCCACAAACUUUGCAAAUAGAACUACAUCCCUUUAUGACCCAAAAAGAGCUUGUUAAUUAUACGAAAGGUCAUGCUAUUUGCAUAACUGCUUACGCUCCAGUCGGCUCUCCCAAAAGACCCUGGGCUAAAGCAGAAGAGGAAAGGACCCUUUUGGAAGAUUAUAAGAUUCUGCAAUUGGCUGAAAAGCACAAACGUACUCCGGCUCAAAUAUUAUUGCGUUAUCAGAUACAAUGCGGUCAUGCUGUCAUACCUAAGUCUACGGAUAGGCAACAUAUUGUGGAAAAUAUUGAUAUAUUCGAUUUUGAAUUAUGCCCUGAUGAUGUUACAAAUAUCGAAAGUUUAAAUCACAAUUUGCGCUAUUUUAAGUUUUCAGGAGCUUACGGACAUCCUUAUCAUCCAUUUGAAAAAUCCAACGAGAAGAAUAAAUGCUAAACAAAAUAAUUAUAAAACUUUAAAAUUAGCAUGAUGUUUUUAAUAAAAUGUUCAUACAAUUUUAAAUAAAUACUACAAUAAUAAAUCUAAAA